UUUGCCUUAUAAAUCAGCAUUAUCCAAUCCAACUACAGAGUUUUAUAUGCAUAUUUAUUACAUUAGAACGAUAAUAGGGAGUUUUAGAGAGCGAAAGUAAGAGAGAGAUGGUACCAGAGAUCGUAAAUGUAGAAGUGGAAGAGAUGUUGAGUGAGUCAAUAGCAUAUUCUAAUGAAGCAAAUAAAUUGCCAAUCUUGUCACUAAACCAUGUCUCUUUUGUCUGCAAAUCAGUCAAAAAAUCUGUGCAGUUUUAUGAGCAAGUUCUUGGAUUUGUCCUAAUCAAGAGGCCCUCUUCUUUUGACUUUGAAGGAGCUUGGUUGUUCAACCAUGGAAUAGGAAUCCAUUUGCUUGAAGCUGCAGAAAAUGUUCCAAACAAAAAAGAGAAAAUAAAUCCAAAAGACAACCACAUUUCAUUCCAAUGCUCGGAUAUGGAACUCAUAACCCAGAAAUUACAAGAAAUGAAAAUAGGAUAUGCAACUGCAGUUGUCAAAGAAGGAGGCAUAACAGUGGAUCAAUUGUUCUUCCAUGAUCCAGAUGGUUAUAUGAUUGAAAUUUGCAAUUGCCAAAAUCUACCAAUUCUUCCACUUUCUUCCUGUCCUCUUAAGAAGCUACAAUACCCUAAUGAUAAUCUCACAUAAUCAUCUCUCUAUGUUGAGUUUUUUAAUUCAUUGAGUUUAAACCGUGACCAAUUUAUAGUAAUUAGGGUUUUUGUUGCAGAAAAGUUUUAUGGUAUUUAUUUACUUUAUGGUAAUCAUUACUAGAUGACCGGCUAUAUAGUUAAAGAUUAUGAGUUCAAGUUUUCUUAUCAUCAACUUAAAAAAGUGAUUAUUAAUUAAUUAAUGUGUUGUUACAGGGAAGAAGAUGCAGUGCAAUAGGGAAGUAGAAGAUCUGAUGUUGGAGAAUUUGGCAGUGGAAAUGAUGGAUAUUUCAAUUUGACUUCAUUUCUCCCCCUGUAUUAGUUAGAAAAAUGUAAAAUAUAUGUUUGGAAAAGAGAAAGCAUUUUAAUCUAUAGUUAAUUAUAAAUGUAUUAGCAUAUUCCAGCUCUUUCUUGGAGUCUUCUAAUUGAUAGUAAAAUGUCAAUCGAUACUGCUUGUUUAUGAAAAGGUCAAUGGGCAUAUAUGUAGAGAGGGAUUUAUUGUUCUAA